AGUAAACUCGUGUGAGAUGUUCUACCAGGUGUUUACGUUUGAAACAAAGUUUCUGGUUUAUUGCAAUUGCCUGUAAUGUCAUGCCGUUUGCUAAUUGUUUAACUGACACUGUAUUGCAUUAAUGCCUUUCUGUUUGGUGCAGAUCAUUCUUGAUGAGACAUGGAUGCAUUUUUACUGAUGAAUGAUUCCGUGGCUGAAUAUUUUGUGUAAUAUUAACACGCCAAGGUGCCGGGAAGCAGGAUAGACCUGCUCGAUAUGUGAUGUCGAGCUGGAGGUAGCCUGCAGCUGCCUCUUAUUUAUUUAUAAUUACGCUUAUGUCCUCAUAUUCUGAGCAGGCUCCUUCAGAAACGCCCUGGAACCGCAUACGCGGUACAACCUGUUUGUCUGACAUGUGGGAACUGAUGCAGAACAGAGGCACUGCCGUGCACAGAUUUACAGAGAACCCGUCACGGUGGGAGCCAGUCUGCAGGAUGCCCGAGGUCAGCGUUCACGUUCUGGAGGAGCCUGGGCUGGCGCCAUGGGGCUUCUGCACUGGUAUAACUGCGUUUUGGGCUUUUUUUUUUGUUAGAUACACUGGAAUUUGUGUUUUGUUGAAUGCUGAAGAAGACCAGAGAUGAAGGUGGGAAGGAGGAAUCCAGAGUUUUUUGUUCAGGAGUUCUCUCUGUCUCCUGGGGGGAGUCAUGGGUGCUCUGGAGACCAGGACUUAAGCUGAACUGAAACUGUCCCCAUUUAAUCUGUAUGCUGACCACUGGAGGACCUGCACUGCCUUUAACUGCAGUGAUUACUUGUUGGCACCUGAUUCUUCUUUGUGCCUCAUGUUUGACCUUGACUCUCACACGAUUCUGGUGUGAAAUCAACUGGGAAAUGAAAAAAGGUGAUUUGUUACUGAUAAUAAAAAUGGACUGAUGUGCUGAAGGGUGGUUGGUUAAGAGAGUGAACUGCUCACGAGGAAGCUGGCAAAGGCAGUUAACAACAACUGCGUUAAGACAAAGUUAGCGUCCCGAUGAUGGAGGCUGCACCUGUUCUUUCGAUCAUCUGUGAGGUCGCAGUGGAGUUUAGUUUUGGGGUGACUCCAAUGCUACUAGAUGAGGAGCAUUUUGCGGAGGAUGGAUCUCGCUGGGAAGUGUUUCAGAUAGACAAAUAUCAACAGGAAUUGGUCCCCACCAUGUUCAUCUGCACCUCCACUUCUCUCCAGCAAAUGUCCUGCAAGAAGAUCUUCUUUCUGCUUAUGGCAGUGAGCAGCCUGAGCCUCUUUCUGCACUACAGAGGCCGUUUCAUCUGGACUAUAAAAUUAUCUAAAAUGGCCAGUAACAUUACAUGCAGCCUGUCCUCUGCUGCUGCAAAGCCGAAGCACAUGAGCAUCGCCUUCCUGAAGACGCACAAGACGGCCAGCAGCACCAUGCAGAACAUCCUGUUCCGCUUUGCCGAGCACCACAACCUCACCGUCGCCCUUCCACAGAGCCCAUGCAGUCACCAGUUCCGCUAUCCAUCCUCCUUUAGCUCCAGAUUCGUCCACCCCUACACACUGCCUGCCCGCAUCAUCACCAAUCACAUGCGCUUCAACCACAGUGAGGUACAGCGCAUCAUGCCUAAUGACACCAUCUACAUCACCAUCCUGCGAGAGCCGGCCUCCAUGUUUGAGUCGCUGUUCAGCUACUACAACCAGUACUGCCCGAGCUUCAAGCGCGUCCCAGACGGCUCCCUGGAGACCUUCCUCAAGGACCCCCGGCGUUACUACAAUCCCGCUGAAAAGUACUCCAUGUUUGCCCACAACACGCUGACCUAUGACCUGGGUGGGGAUAACAACCACCGAGCCAGUGACAAGGCUUACGUGAAGGGCUUCAUCGCCAAGAUCGAGAGCAUCUUCUCUUUGGUCAUGAUCUCCGAGUACUUCGAUGAGUCGCUGGUGCUGCUGCGACACCUGCUCUCCUGGGAGCUGGAGGAUGUGCUCUACAUCAAACACAACAUGCGCAGCCACGGCUCCCGGAGGUCCUUGCAAGAGGGGCUUCCGGCCAGGAUCCGUGUCUGGAAUGCUCUCGAUGCCCAGCUCUACGACCACUUCAACGCCAGCCUGUGGCGCCAGCUGGAUGCCCUGGGGCUGGACUGCGUGGCCCGGGAGGUGCAGCUGCUGCGCCAGGCCCGUGACCGCCUCGUGCGCGGCUGUAUCGGGGGCUUGCAACCCCAGCCACGCCCACCAAACCAGAUCAAGGACAAGGUGCUGCGUCCAGCGCAGCCGCCCAAGGUGACUAUCAUGGGCUACAAUGUGCCCCUCAAUGCCUCCUACAUGGGCGCCAAGCCGGGCAGUGAGUCACAUGACCGCUGCAUGAAGCUCGUAAUGCCGGAGGUGCCAUACUCGCAGCGCCUGCUGCAGACACAAUUCCUGCGGUCCGUCAGGCAUUCCCCUUCAUUCUGGGCUGCAAACUAGGCAGGGAUCCCUAGCCACGCCCAAUUCUGCGGUCUUCUUGGCCCGCCCCCCCAAACCCUUCACCCCCCUACUCUGGAAACUUCCCACCUGUAGGUCUUUGUCGUCCCUGGUGCACAGAGACCUGCACACGUCGUACUCAGGCAGUCCUUUCUCUGACUUGCUGUCCUUCCGCAGAUUUUUCCAGUCAGAUGGUGUCGGAUGAGCUUCCAACCCCCUGAAACCAAGAUGUUUAUUAAAUGUUGAACUGACAUUGUAUUGCAUUAAUGCCUUUCUGUUUGGUAUUGUGCGACAGAUCAUUCUUGAUGAGACAUGGAUGCAUUUUUCAUGAUGAAUGAUUCCGUGGCUGAAUGUUUUGUGUAAUAUUAACACGCCAAGGUGCCGGGAAGCAGGAUAGACCUGCUCGAUAUGUGAUGUCGAGCUGGAGGUAGCCUGCCGCUGCCUCUUAUUUAUUUAUAAUUACGUUUAUGUCCGCAUAUUCUGAGCAUGCUUCUGUAAAAGGCUGCCUGCAUGAGGACUCGGACCGCAAUUAGACAGUAAUGUCCCAGCAUCUAAUGAGAAGCCUUACCAGAAGAGUACAGAUCCACCCUCCGCCAGCUCAAGCAGUGACUGACCUGCUCCAUCCUCACCAGCUGUCCUUACUUAUGGUCUUUCGGAAACGCGCUAUACUGCUCUAUGUUGCCCUUUUCUAAUAGGGACCUGGUCCUCCUGCAGUUUAUAUGAUUAGCUAUUCUGUUGGGUUCUUGCAAUGCAUUGAAAUGCACUGUAUAUAUUUUUCUCCGAUGACAUGCGCUUCUUACCGGCCAUUCAUAGGGAGCUGAGUCUAGCUACACUUAUACCUGAGUUGGCUUUUUGAUAGCUGUAUGCUGGGGAUUUAUUUGCCUACAUCUCGUAAGUGGCUUUGGCCAAGGGCGUCUGUUAAAUAAACAAAUGUAAAUGCUUCCGAAA